CGGCGUUGGGCCGAGCCGGGCCGGGCAGGGCCAGGCCGGGCCGGGCAGGGCUGCGGAGGCUCCCCGCGGCGCCGGCAGCGGCCAGCCCCACCUGAGGGGCCCGCAAACCCCACCCCCGGCCGCUCCCCCGCCGGCGAGGCCCGGCCCAUGGCUAAGCGUGAGGCGGGUCGCGCGGGGGAGCGGGCGGCCGCUUAUUGCCCGCGCCAGACGGGCCCGCAGGUAGCGGCAGUCGCAGCUCGGCAGCGACAUGCGUGACUACGAGGAGGUGGCCGCCUUCCUGGGCGAGUGGGGCCGCUUCCAGAGGCUCGUCUUCUUCUUCCUCAGCGCCAGCAUCAUCCCCAACGGCUUCAAUGGCCUCUCCAUCGUCUUCAUGGCCGGCACUCCCGAGCACUGGUGCGCCGUGCCCCGCGGCGCCAACCUGAGCGGCGAGUGGCUCAACGCCAGCAUCCCGCUGGAGCUGCGGGACGGGCAGGAGGUGCCGAGCCGCUGCCGCCGCUACCGCCUGUCCGCGCUCGCCAACUUCUCGGCGUUGGGGCUGCGGCCCGGCUCCGACGUGAAGCUGGAGUCGCUGGAGCAGGAGCCGUGCCUGGACGGCUGGGAGUACAGCCGCGAUGUCUACCACUCCACCAUCGUCAGCGAGUGGAAUCUCGUAUGUGACAACGACUGGAAGGGACCCCUGAGCACCUCACUGUUCUUUGUGGGUGUCCUGCUUGGAUCUUUUGCAUCAGGACAGCUCUCAGACAAGUUUGGCAGGAAGAAUGUGUUGUUUGCAACUCUGGCAAUGCAGACUGGCUUCAGCUUCAUACAGGUCUUCUCUGUCAACUGGGAGAUGUUUUCAGUGCUCUUUCUGCUGGUUGGCGUGGGACAGAUAUCUAACUACGUGGCAGCAUUUGUUCUGGGCACAGAAAUCCUUGGCAAGUCAAUCCGUGUUCUCUUCUGCACACUGGGCGUCUGCAUAUUUUACGCCUUUGGCUACAUGUUGUUGCCACUGUGUGCUUUCUUCAUCAGAGACUGGCGGAUGCUGCUGCUGGCACUUACAUUACCUGGGCUGCUCUUCAUCCCCCUCUGGUGGGUCAUCCCAGAAUCUCCACGGUGGCUGAUGUCCCAGGGAAGAUUUCAAGAGGCAGAACACAUCAUCCGAAAGGCUGCAAAAAUUAAUGGUGUUACAGCUCCAGAUGUAAUACUUGACCCUAGUGAGCUGCAAGAUUUCAGUUCCCAGAAGCAACAGACAUACACCAUUUUGGAUCUAAUGAAAACCCGAAAUAUCCUAACUAUCACAAUUAUGUCAGUGAUUCUUUGGAUGAUCAUCUCUGUUGGUUAUUUUGGACUUUCUCUUGACACACCCAACUUGCAUGGAGAUGUCUAUGUGAACUGCUUCCUCUCAGCAGUGAUUGAAGUUCCAGCCUACAUUAUUACCUGGCUCCUGCUUCGAGGCUUCCCGCGACGGUACUCAAUGGCUGCUGCGUUAUUCUUGGGAGGCUGUGUUCUUCUCUUCAUUCAGCUGGUGCCUUCACAUAUUCGUGCACUGUCUAUUGUGCUGGUGAUGUUGGGGAAAUUCGGGAUCACAUCUGCCUUUUCAAUGGUUUAUGUUUACACGGCUGAGCUCUACCCAACAGUAGUGAGAAACAUGGGAGUUGGAGCAAGUUCCAUGGCCUCUAGGCUGGGCAGCAUCCUCUCACCUUACUUUGUUUACCUUGGUGCCUAUGACCGAUUCCUGCCUUACAUCCUGAUGGGGAGCCUGACUGUGCUCUCAGGAAUUCUGACUUUAUUUCUGCCAGAAAGUUAUGGUAGGCCUCUUCCAGACACAAUUGAUCAAAUGCUAACGGUGAAAGGAAUAGAAUACAGGCCUGCAUCUAGUAGCAUAAGAGAUUCCAAGGAGGAAGAAGAAAAUCCAGAGGUUUUAAAAAGCACGGCUUUUUGAUGGGACUCCUGUGUACCUCCUGGUGGACUGAAAGUUAAAUGGACUUUUCUUCCAAUAUUUGUUCUAGAAAGGGCUCGUGGCAACACUUUGUUUCCUGUAAUUUUAACCUUAUUUAUUAAUUUAAGCACUGUGUUUAGUACAUUCUCUUUUUAUAUGAACAUAAACACUGUAUAGCCUUCAAUGAGAUUUUUUCAGCCACAGCUGGUUUAACACAGUACCAUGGAACAGUAUCUGAUCAAUCCUUUGUAACUUUGAGUUUAUAGGUCAGCUGAAAGAUACUUGAAAAUGAGUUCAAGGGCUGGCAGGGUACCUGGAUUCCUCACUGAACCUUCUCCAGAGCUAAAGCACAUCAAGAAGUGAAAAGUGCCUGAAAAAGCCGCUAAUUGGUUUUGAUUCCUUGCCUUCUGUCUCCGGACAGGACACUUAUUUAUUGUAGUGAGAGUUAUGAGAACGUGCCUCUCUGUGAUCUGACCCAAAUGAUUUUGCACAUGCUGAAUUUGUUACCAAAUUCAGAAAGAUGCAAAGAAAGGUUUUGAGAGUUAAUUCUAACUUGGUAUAUUUUAACUCAGCAUGGGUUGAAAGAGUUGUCUUGUACAGAGUCCUAGUAGCACUGAAGUUUUGCUCACAAAACUCCUGUGAUUCCCAUGCUGGCUGUCAGUUGUACCUGUGUGAUGAAGCUGUUUACAUCUGCCCCUGGAUGUGGCCUGCUUCCAGGCUGUAUUUAUUGUAAAUGAUGCAAAAGGUUUCAGCUGUAUGUGGAGGGAGUGGUGCCAGUUGGGGGUUCUUCCCUUUUGACGUGUGGUGGAAGUUUUAUGUCUAAAUGGUUUUGAUGUCCUCUGUGCAAUUUGGAUGACGGAAAUGAUUCUCCUGUCUUUGUUCUGUACUCCUCACACAUGCACGUAUGCACAGAACCAAUACAUGUAGGGAUACGUUUACUCUAUGCCACUGCGUUGACCUCGUGCUGGAAUGUAGUGAGAAGAAAAUGCAGAAUGUGUUUCUGACCACUGGCUCUAUAUUCUAGAGUGCCAACUGUACAAUUGCUGGGAGGUCUGAUAUUUCACUUAACUCAUGUAAUCAGUGAAUUGUUUUCAGAUUGUUUUUAAAAGAAAACAAAUCUUGUUGACAGUCUGCAAAGAAAUUGUUCCUUGUGUUGUGGAAGAACCCUUGGCAUUACCGGUGUUUCUUUAAAUACAUGAAAUAUACAUGUG